UCGGUUAUUCUAGCAAAUAUCCUAUAACCAGAUUUGUUCCAAAGUUUCCAUAAAAUUCGAUGAUUUUCGAGAGUUAAAAGUUUUCCAGCCAACUAGCUCUGGGCAACUGCGGAGAUGUUGCGGAAGUGUUGUGGCGAUAUUGUGAUGAUGUUGUGGAGAUGUUGUGGAGAUGAUGUGGUGACGAUGUUGUGGAGAUGUUGUGGUGAUGUUGUGGUGAUGUUGUGGAGAUGUUGUGGUGAUAUUGUGGAGAUGUUGCGGAAAUACACUGUUUCCGGGUGUGGUGUUGUGUAGUCCACUAGCACUAACACAAAGCGAUGCCCUCGUGGAAUCUGAUCUAAUGGCCCGAGGUCCAUACCAGUUCUUUGGAAGGGAUCAUGAUUAAUGGUCAUUGGUGCUUUUGGGGAUUUCAUGAGGUUUUGUUACACAGUUUGUUGAUUAGAGGCUGCUGAGCAGUCGUAGCUUUUUUGUAUAAAAAGAAAUGUGCAUAAAAUCCAACAAAAUCACUGUGAAAUGUCUGAAUUCUUAGGAAUUUCUUUAUUCAUAUUUAUAAUAUUCCAGAGUGAAAACUUUGUGUGAGGUUUGAAGAAGAAUUAGUAAAAAAAAAAAAUGCUAAUAAACAGCCUAAAUGUAAGAAUUGUAGGUCCAUUAAAAUAUUAUUGAAAAUGAUGUCCUAAGGAUGAGAGGAUGAGAAUAAGUGUUAAUUGACCCUGUAGCAGCAGAGAGAGUUUAUGAACAACCUGAAGAGCUCCAAGUCUCAUCAACAGCUUCACACUCAUCACACUCUCUCUUUAUUAAUGUGUCUGUUAGACUGAAUGGAGCUCAGGAUUUAAACCUGAUGGCACUCAACCUGUAACUCCUGGAUCACAGCACUUCAAUAGGAUCAAUAAUACACUUACAAUGAAUACACUAAUGCUGUGUGUUUACCCAAGGAAGUGUAACACUAUAUACACACACCGAUCACUUUAUUAGGAACACCUGCACAGUCCUGCAGUUAAUCAGCUGAUCAUGUAGCAGCAGAGCAAUGCAUAAAAUCAUGCAGAUACAGGUCAAGAGCUUCAGUUCACAUCAGGAAGGAAGGAAGAAAAAAAAGAAACAGUAUGUGCCUUGCUGGCACAGAACACUUAUAAGGAGAGACUGAGAAUUAAACAGAAGGCCAAACCAACAGAUGAAACUAAUAAAACACACAGAGAGAGAGAGAGAGUUUUUUUUCCUAAUCUUCAGCAGUCCAGUUUGGGUGAGGUUGUGCUCAUGAUAGCCUCAGAUUGCUGUUCCUGGCUGACAGGAGAGGAACCCAGUGUGGUCUUCUGCUUUUGUAGCUCAUCCAUGUCAAAGAUUGAUGUGUUGUGCGUCCUGAGAUGCUUUUCUGCUCAUCACGGUUGUAAAGAGUGAUUAUUUGAGUCACUAUAGACUUCCUGUCAGCUCAGACCAGUCUGGUCAUUCUCCUCUGAUCUCUCUCCUCACCAAGGUGUUUCAGCCUGCAGACCCUCCACACACAGGAUGUUUUUUGUUUUUUUAUUGCCACUCACUGGAUGUUUUUUCCUUAAUUGCACCGUUCUGUGUAAAUUCUCGAGAUUGUUUUGUGAAAAUUCCAGGACAUCAGCAGUUAUAGAAAUACUCAAACUAGUCCAUCUGUCACCAACCAUCAUGCCACGAUCAAAAUCACUGAGAUCACACUUUUUCCCCCGUUCUGAUGGUUGAUGUGAACGUUACCUGAAGCUGAUGGCCCGUACCUGCAUGAUUUUCUGCACUUAGAUACACUUUAAUAACAGACACCUGGGAAAAACACUGGCCACCACUGACUGACUAACUCCAGCUCAGGAAACAUUUUAGUGUUAAUGUUAGGGAACAUCAUCAAAGUGCAGCAAAAAAGAAAACUGACCAGCUGAUUUCAGUUCAUUUAAAUGUUAUUUGUACAGCGUUUUUAACAAUAGACAUUGUCACAAAACAUCUUUACAGAAAUCUGAUUGUAGAUUUAGAUCCUACCCAGAUAGCAAAGGGACGUUAUUUAACAUUGAAUCACCGUCAGUCAGAUAACAUAGACGUGUUAAAUCAGUGUUGAUUUCUGAUGAUCUGAUUCACCGUCACAGUGCACACACUGCUCACUGUUGAAUCAACUGGAUUUCAUCCAUUAUCAAAACACUGAAUUAUAAUCUAAUAAAUCUGCUAAACUGAACCACUAAACUGAAUUCUGAAAUUCUGAGUAUGAUUGCUAUAGGAAAGACUCGUUGGAGAAGAUGAUACUGAUUAACAUGCUGCAGCUGUAACGCCAAUGUAGAUAUUUUUCUUCCAAUAAUAUUUUUUGAAAUUUCCACACACUCCUCCAGACAGUAUCAGGGCAUCAUGACCUCCUUUGUUUCCAUUUGCAUCGUAUUAUGGACCAUGUGUGUCAGCCUCCUCUCUGCAGAAGCUGAGAUCACUGUAUCUGGCCAAGUGGGGUCUACAGCUGUCCUGCCGUGUGAACUGCAGAGUGUAGGCACUGAAACACCGCAUAUUUGGUGGAUCACUGAAUCUGAGACUGUGUUUGAGCGAUCGGGUGAGGAGAGCUAUCAGGCUGAGGGAUAUGAGGACCGUGUGGACGUCCCUGAGGAAGAGCUGCGUAAGGGAAACUGUUCCUUGGUGUUGCGCAAUCUGUCACUUACUGAUGCAGGUGUCUACACGAGCUACCAGAUAGUGAGACGCUCCAAGAGAUCUGCCUCUGUCAAGACAAAAGCAGAAGAGAUUAGCCGUGUUAAACUCUCAGUCCAGGAAAAACCUCCUGAAAAGAGAACUGAAAUUACCACAGAUGAUGCAGGAAUGAAGUGUCCUCACCCACCGAUCAUGGUCUUGUCCCUCAUAUCAUGUUUACUCCUCCAGUUCUUCUUUGCGUAAACCUGAGUGUGAAUUAGUGGUGCACAGGACUGUGUCUUUAUGCCUCCAGCACCACGUGGUGGAAGUGUUAUGUUUUUGGGUUGCGUUGUUGCACCUGUCAGUCUGUGUGUUACCUGUCAGAAGGUCAGAGCCAAAGCAUAUAGGGAGGGUCAGACAAAGAUCAGUCCUAAUGACCCCCAUAAAGGGUACAGGAAAGAGAGAAAAAGACCCUGUCCACUUUAGGGUUACGGGAACCCAGCCCUGGAUCCAGGCCACAGGCAAGCGUCUGGUGACUGACGGAUGACGCUCAUCCUGAAAUGCUGAUGUGGAGCCAUUAUGUGGGCUUCAAAAUGAAGGGUGGUGGUCAGUCAGAAAACUUAAAGUUAGU